CAAGGCGACUCUCCAUACACAAGAGACUUCUCUCCGGACCAGGUACAGCUCUCAUCAACAGGACUUGAGCUCACUGUCUCACCUCUCCCAUCAGGUUCAAAGGCGGUACCCUGUGCGCAGAUCAUCAGUCGUUCAAAGUCAUAUUUCUAUGGCUCUUAUCAUGCACGAUUCCGCGUCGGAACCGUGCCUGGGACAGUGACCGCUUUCUACAAUUACAAGAGUGACACUUCAGAGGUCGACAUAGAAUAUGUCAGUGCCUGGGAGGAGGCCACGUUGCUCUACACCGUCAAACCGCAGCUGUAUUCGCCUACAAACAAUCCUUUGAACAGCACAUACCAACGAGAGUCUUGGAAUGAUACACGCACCUCAUUUGACGAGGAUAUUCACGAGUGGUCCUUCGUAUGGCUGCCUGACAUUGUCCACUAUGGCCUCGACAACAACUACUCGAGGUCCAUCACCACAAAUGUGCCCAAGGCACCAGGCCGUCUCGCCUUGAGCCAAUGGUCCGACGGCAACUCCAACUACUCUCUGGGACCUCCGACAAAGGACAGCACUGUCGCCGUUACUUUUCUCUGGGCUGUAUACAACGACACAAAUGCCAAACCACUCGCAUGUAAAAAGACGAGUGAGGCAUGUACCAUC